AUGGUGGUCAUGACCCAUGAAUACACCAAGAACCAGAUGAUCGGGCUGGCUGUUGGUUUCAUGUUUCUCCCCAUCAUAUUUUAUGGUCUUCGAAUCUGGGCUAGAUUGAUUAUCAAACGCAUCACUCUGGACGACUACUUGGCUGGCGCAGCAAUGAUCCUUUCCAUCGUCUGCUGUUCUUUGCAAUUAGCCGCAACAUUUCAUGGACACCUGGGCCAGCACCAGCCACAACAUCCUGAUGGGACGGCCAUCAUGGAAGAUCCAGGUCUAGCGUUCUUCGAGAAGUCGAAAUUCGCCUUGAACAUGCUCUCCAUCGUCGGCCUUGGUCUCGUCAAGUCAUCCAUUCUCGUUCUCUACCUAAGUCUCUUUCCGAACCGCAAGUUCCAAUGGGUCGUGUACGGCGUGCUCGGCUACGUGAUCGUCUGGACCAUAAGCUUCUUCUUCUCGCACCUCUUCACCUGCUACCCGAUUACUGCUUUUAUCGACUUUUUCCAAGACAAGAAAUGCGUCAACCAGGUGGCCAUGUUCCUAACGGUCCUGUACACAAACGUCGUGGCCGACUUUGCCAUUCUCGUCCUGCCCAUUCCCAUGGUCAUGAGCAUCCAGCUCAAGUUGCGGAGGAAGAUUGCCGUCCUCGGCAUGUUGAGCCUCGGUGCUGCUGUCUGUGCUGUCAGCGUCACUCGCGUCAUUGCUGUAUAUGCAAUUGCCAAACAAUACGUUCAUUACCCCAACGACAUCAUUUACUACACCGCACCCGUGUUCUUCUGGACGAAUAUUGAACUGUCCAUGGCGGUCGUGUGCGCAUGCCUGCCGACACUGCGACCGAUUUGGAGACACCUGUUUCCGAAAGAAACAGCGACUGGAAACAACUCGUACGAACUGGGCUACGGCUCCGGCAGGAAGGGGACGAAGAAGGGCAACCACAACAUGCCAUACACAGAGCUGGACGAGAUGGAACUCAACGCCGGUAAUAGCCACACAAGGUCCGCGUCGCCGGCGAGCGGGACGGUGGUCAAGGAGAUCAGGAUACGUCAAACGAUCGAACCAGCAGACGACUCUAGCGCGAUAUAUCUACCACCGACCGAGUCUUUUGCUGGGCCGCUUGGUCCCAGGGCAUGA